AUGCCAAUCUGCAUAGAAUGCCGCUUUCCCGUCAAAACGCUCUAUACCACGUAUUCGAAAGCCGACGACCGCGCACUCGGGAAGGGUGUCCGCCUCACACAAUGCCCGCGGUGCAAAAGAUUCGCUGAUAAAUACGUCGAGCACGACUUUGUAGUCCUGUUCAUCGACGUGGUGUUGAUUAAACCACAGGUGUAUAGACACCUCCUCUUUAACCGCCUAGGACGAGAUGACGAUAAAUUCGACCGGUCUAUCAUUCGUCUCGGCAUCCUCCUGCUCCUCUUCGACGUCUACCUGACAUGGUCGCGCAUUGAGAAACUACCGCUCCCCACCAGUUCACCCUUCCACCCUUCCUCUACCAUAACCACGCGUAACGUCACGUCCACAAGCCCACUUGUUCCGCCACACGAUGGGAUUACAAAUGCGGUAGUAUUACAGGCGCAGCCGCUGAUGGCGCAGUAUCUGUUCUUUCUAUUGCUGGUUACGCUGAGCACGCUGGCGUUCCACUUGCCAAUACGUCUCCUUUGCGCCGUCGACACCUCUCAGCUUCCCCGAAUAGUUCGCACUGUGUGGCAACGCUUUAUUCCACGCUUUACACAUUCUACACCCAUUUCCACCGCCCUGCUGGUGUCUAGCUGCACAAAGCUCUUCCCUAUCUUGCUCAUCAUCUGGGAGUAUGACUUGCCGUCCAGCGCGACUGCGGUUAGCUGGGCGGUCAUUGUCAACAACGUGGCGGCGCUGGAGAUCCUUAUGGACUGUGGGUAUAUCAGGGCAGGUAUGCUUGUUGCCAUCGCGGCAGGGUGUAGGAGUCUUGUAGGCUGGGGAGUACUAAGGGCCGCAGGGCUGGGGAGUGGAUGGGAAGGAAACUCAAGUCUAGCUCAGAGCAUUGAGGAUUGGGCCAAAGGGCUCGUGGGUGUGGGGUGA